CCCUUUUGCGAUCUAGGCAUUUUAAUCAACACAAUAAACAAAGAAUAAAAUGCUUGUAUGUGGUGUGUGAUUAAAGUAGUAUUUUUUUUAUUGUGCUUACGUAUUGCUUCAAAGGGGCAAUAUCAUUUGCUCGAUAACACACACUUCGAUAAGUUUGAAUCCUACAAGGGGAUGAGAAAGUUGACGCCUUGAAUUUUAUCUGAUUUGGCGAAAUGGUUUUCUGCUUUUGUGCAUAAAAAUAAAAACUGAUCGAAAAACAACAAAAACAAUGGCUUGCCAAUGUAGUCCAUUGUUUUAUGUAUUUUGGCGAAAAAAUUGGCUGUAUUUGAGCUACAAUGUCAUUCCUUUGUUAAUCAUUCUACUGGGAUGGACUGCAGUAAUCUUUGGAUAUUUGUAUGGGUCAAACCAAUCGAUGACCAGUCGGAUGGAAGUCUUCGAAACCAAAGAGGAUGAAACUCUUAAAGGCAAUCUUCCAGAAUUCGAAACGAUAUAUUAUGCACCCAAUACGGACAAUGUGAAUUUAUUCAUGAAUGAUCUGCGAGAAAUGUUACCGGCAGAAAAUUAUCGAGGGUUCAACAGCAGCACAGAGAUGGAACUGGACAUGGAGCAGCAGUGUAGAGGCAAUUGUUUUGCUAUUCAUUAUCAAGAAUUAUCCGAUCCCAUGACAGGAGGUCGUUUUAAGUACAGCUUAAGUUCAAACCGGAUGCGCAUUUCUCCUAAAAAACGCUUUGUGAAUGACGAGGAAAUUAAUCACCAAAUUGACGACGAUGAAUAUAUCCGUGAACAUUUUCUUACGCUGCAGCUUAUACUUGAUCGACAAUAUAUGAGUUACACUAAAGUUAAUGCUAAUUACAAACUCCUUCUCAACUCGAUGCCUUAUCUGGAGGUUAGCGCCUCCGAUAGCAAUCGGGUAAUCAACUUUGGCACCCUAUUGUUCAUAUUAUUUAGUGUGUUGCUGUUGAGCACUUUCGUUGUACCCUUUGUCGAGGAGAAGCAGAAUGGCCUAAAGGAGUAUCUCAACCUUGUAACUCCCAUGAGCUAUUUGAAUGGACUCACUUUUUUUCUCAUACGUUUUGUAUGCUAUUCAGCUUUUCUUGUGGCGACUAUGUGUUUGGCAUGGAAAUAUGAAGCCUUGGGGAUUGGAUGCCAUGCCUAUAUAUUAAUUUUAUAUCUGUUAUACAUUAUUGCAAACAUGUCGUAUGCUUAUCUAAUUUCUGUCUGCUUUCAUUCUGUGUUUUAUGCCAAAAUUGGAGGUCUGGUGCUACUCAUUAUGCCUUAUGUGUUUAGCUUUGUGCGAAACUGGUUAACAAAGGUGUCAUUUUACCUGUUCUGUACGAAUUCAUUUCUGGAGGGCUUAGAUAUUUUGCAGACAUUCUCAAACAAACACCGCCAGUUUACGGGCGCUGAUCUGUUUCGCGUUAUCAAGGAUGACGUCGGUUGUCUCUUUUGUGUUUAUGCUGUGCUCAUUUUUCAGACUGUUCUGUAUGCCGUGCUUUACAACUAUUUUGUUUGUGUGUUCCCUGGACCUGGUGGUCUAAAACGCCCCUUUCUCUUUUUUCUCAACCCCGAGACAUACAAAAAACGGCAGCGCAAUGAAUAUACAACGUCACCACGUGGCACACAUGCCAUCAUCAUCAGCGAUCUCUGCAAAAUAUUCAGAACAAGCAAACGUGAAACACAUAUUGCUGACCAUUUAAACAUGACAAUCAAUAACAAGGAGAUCACUGUGUUAUUGGGCCACAACGGCGCCGGUAAGACAACCAUGAUGAACAUGAUUAUGGGACUUGUGCCGAAAGAUUCUGGAAAAAUUUGCGUUUGCAGUGAACGGGAUGUGGCAUCGUAUCGCCAUCUGAUUGGCUUUUGUCCACAGCACAGUGUUUUUAUGAGUUAUAUGACGUGCCAUCAGCAUCUGGAGUUCUUCGCGCAGCUGCGCGGCGCAACCCGCUCCGAUGCACGGCAGUGGGCCGAAGAGAAGUUACAGAAACUAAAUCUGAGCGACAAAGCUAAUGAAUAUGGUGAAAAGUUGUCUGGAGGCAUGAAAAGGCGUCUAUCGCUAGGCAUUGCAAUAGCAGGAAACACCAAAAUUGUAAUCCUUGAUGAGCCAUCUUCCGGCUUGGACAUCGAAUCACGGCGCGAACUGUGGGAUAUUUUGCUGGCGCUGCGCAAAGACAAGGCAAUUUUAGUUACCACUCAUUAUAUGGAAGAGGCGGAAGUGCUGGGCGAUACCAUCUGUAUACUGGCCAACGGCAAGCUACAGGCAAACGGUUCUCCACUAGAGUUGAAACGCAAAUUGGGCAGUGGCUAUCGCCUUAAGCUGGAGGCCCAUGAGACAAAAUUCCAGGAACAAAAAACAUUAGAUAUGAUUCGAGGCUUUAUACCCAAUGCAAGAGUACAGAAUAUUGUAAAGCCUACGAUAAACAUAUGUUUGCCGUAUGACUACCAAUUAAAAUUCCAUGAUAUGCUACGCAGCUUGGAAGCCAAUAUGGUUGAUCUAGGCAUUGAAACUAUCUCAAUCACAGACACCUCACUGGAGACUGUAUUCCUGAAUUGUGCCGGCGAAAUUGAUCAAGUGGAUACACCUGACAUUGGAACACGCAAUGAUGCUCCACUGUUGGCCACGCCGUAUAAACGUUUGCAACAUAAUACUCCGCAUUGGUGGCAGCUUUGGGCUGCUAUUUUCUACAAAAAGUUUACAUUUCUUUUUAACGAGUGGACAUAUGCCUGUUGCAUGUUAAGCCUACCGCUAAUUUGCGUAACUGGCGUCAUUCUGCAAAUGCACUCGAUGUCCAUAGUCACCAACGAGGCAUCAUUGUCUCUUAAUCUCAGGCAGAUGCGCACGGGUAAUGUUUACAUUUAUAAUCCGACAGGUCGUCAUGCGACAGUGGAGCAAAAGCUGCGCCAAUUUAUAAAACAUAGCGGUCUCAACGCCAAAACAUUGACGCCAAGAGCCAGUGAACUAAGCGAUAACAGUACGCGGCAAGAGCUACUGCAGCUGCAACGGGAUAACUUGGCGGAUUUUCUGGAAGAUACCAUUGGCUUGGUUGACAUGUAUGCUGAUGGGCGCGGCGAAGGUGACACGCCCACUUUGUCAAUUUAUUAUGCUGGCAAUCGAUACCAUAGCAGCGUCAUCCUGGUCAAUAUGGUAGACACGUGCAUGCUGCAGCUGUCCAGCUUCCAGUCGGACACAUCUAUUGAUACCACAUACGUACCCAUCAAGCGAUUCAUUACCGACGUCAGCAUAUCCCGUCUGGAGUACUACGUUGUCUUUGUAUCAGCUGCAAUGUUCUUCAGCAUGUUUUACUACAUCUCACUGCCAUUUCGGGAGAAUAGCAGUGGUUUUCGGCAGUUGCAGCCCAUGUCACGCUACACCUACUGGUUUUCUACCUUUGUCUUUGAUAUUAUCUUACAUGGGAUGCUAUGUGUGGCACUAUUUUUGAUACAACAACUCAUAAUGCCCGCGGAGCUGUACAAGAUCGAGGACCUGCAGAUGAUAGUAUUUAGCAUAUUCUUUUACGGUUGCAGCUAUUUGCCCAUUUUGUACACUCUGGGAAAUAGCUUUAAGUCCAUAUCAACAAUAUCAACAUAUCUGCUGCUUAUGUUUAUCGUUUCGGAAAUUGCGCCACUGAUCACCUCCAACAAUAUCUCGGCAAUGAAACAGCACUCCACAAAGAUAGUCUUUUUAUGUUUUUUGCCCGACUUCAAUCUAAAUCACCAUCUUCGAGUCAUUAAUGAGAAUUUUAUAAGUCGAAACAGGAAAUUAAGAGAAUCAUCGAUAAUUGGUAAGGAAGACACGAGCACAUUUUUUGUCUACGCGAUAUUUGUAUGCGUCUUCGUCAUGGGCUUCUUUGUCAUUGUUCUGGAGCACAAGUAUUAUCGCAAGCGACUGCGUGAUUUCUUCCAGGGUAAAACCUGUAAAGUACCACCGAAGAGCGGCAGCCGGACGGGCAUCAGUACUCAGCUCUCCCUCGAUUGCCUUGACGACUGCACGCGGGAAUCUGAACGUGCCAAGCAGUUGUCGGGCGAAGAAAGAUGUGCAGCACAAGAUUAUCCAUUGAUUGUAAGCAAUUUGCGCAAGAGUUAUGCAGGAAAAGCUGCUGUCAAUGGACUUGGAUUUGCAGUUGAGCGUGGUGAAUGCUUUGGUCUUCUCGGUGUAAAUGGUGCAGGCAAAACGAGCACAUUUCAAAUGAUUGCCGCCAAUUUGGUAAUCGACACCGGCUGCAUACAGAUUGACGGUAUUGACAUACAACAGAAUGAGGUUGCAUAUCGCCAGCGGUUUGGCUACUGUCCACAGUACGAUGCACUGAACAAAUUUAUGACCGCCGAGCAGUGUCUGCGUUAUAUGGCACUUUUGCGCGGCCUAGUUGCGUCUAAGGAUGACCCAGCUGGUGUGGAGUUCAAUGUGCACUUUUGGUUACAGAAAAUGCACUUACUAAAGUAUAGAAAUGUGCAGGUUCGUUAUUAUUCGGGAGGCACAAAGCGAAAGUUGCUAGCGGCAAUGGCCAUGAUCGGAGCCCCAUCAUUAGUUUUGUUGGAUGAGCCGACAACGGGCGUGGACCCCAUAUCACGAAGAUUUUUAUGGCAGUGCAUCAAAGACUUUCAGGAUAAGGAUAGAACUGUGGUUCUCACAUCGCACAGCAUGGACGAGUGUGAGGAGCUCUGUAAUCGACUGGCCAUCAUGGCUGAUGGCAAAUUUAAAUGCCUAAAUAAUAUUUGCGCCUUAAAACGCUUAAGCGGCUUUACCAUUAAAUUAAAAAUGAAUAUUGAUACGGAAACAGAGAACAACGUGAUGACUAUUACCAACACGUUAAAGGAUCUAUUUAAGGACUUGGAUUUGCGCGAGAGCCACGCUGGAACAUUAACUUAUUUUGUAAAAACUGAAGAGCACAUAAUUUGGUCAAAUGUGUUUAAGAUAACGAAGGAUUAUCUAGAGGGUGAACUAGGAGAUCUUGUCGAGUAUUACUCAGUGAAUGAGUGCACACUGGAAGACAUAUUCUUGAAAUUCGACAAGCAAAAGUCAUCGCCACGGGCAGGUUCGAUUAACUACGUUUGAAUCUGCCCGUGAACCAUUGAUCAUGAAUCUACGGUCACGCAUCAAAUUCAUUGCUGUAGUAUAUAAGGCACCAAGCACCACAUUUCUUUAUAACUUUACAAGUAUUUCUUCCUUUUGGUUUUUUGAAACAUUUCAUUACUUUCGUCUAACAGCGUUAUAUACCGGGGUCCUUGUAAUUGAUGGGAGUAAUUAAGUAAUAACAAGACGUUUGACAUAAAUGUAUUUAUUUCUAAUUUAAUUCGAAUAUAUGUAUAUUGUAAUUAACAAUAAGCA